AUGACAUUUGGAAGUUGGGAACAAUCAUACAAUUAUCUACCUUUAUGGUUGACAGCUGCUCAACACUUUGUACCAGGUACAAUAGUAACAUACAAAACUCCAUCUUCAAUGGAUGAUUGUGAGGAUGAGUCUCCUAGGGUGAUUCUUAAUCAUGUAUUUUGGGCUUUUAAGCCAUGCAUUAAAGGCUUUCAAUAUUGCAAGCCAAUUGUGCAAGUAUAUGAGACAUUUUUAACUGGAAAAUAUCGUGGUACUUUAUUCACUGCCAUUGGACAAGACCGUAGUAAGAACAAUUAUCCACUUGCUUUUGCAAUUGUUGAGAGCGAGACCAAAGAAGCUUGGAUGUGA